AUGGCCGAUCCUAUCUCUAUAGUCGGUCUGAUUAUGGAUGUCAGCACAAUCAUAUCGAGUUUGAUCAAUUACGCCAAAGCCGUGCAGAGUGCAAAGUCAGAGAUCCGCCAGCUAAGCGAAGAGCUUUUUGCUUUGAAAGGCAUCUUGGAGCACUUAUCCAAAGUAGCCCCCCGAGAUGAGCCUAGAUUGGAGCAGACAGAGUUGCCCGAUUCGUUUGAUCAGGAUGUCUUGAUGAGGGUUUUGGAAACAACGAAUGAAUUCCUCGAAUCUUUGCUUGCAGAUCUGGAAACGCCAAAGACCAAGUUCAAGCGACUGAAACAAAAGAUGCAAUGGCCUUUCACCCAAGAAGACACCAACGAGCACUUGGCAAAACUGGAAAGGGUGAAGUCGUGGUUGAUAUUGGUCCUCACGGCGGAUCAUGUCUCGGUGGACCGGGCAAUGAACAGUGAGAUAAGCAGUCUAGCCCGCAGCUUGAAAGAGGAUUUGAGUAUUCGGCAUCAAGAGCGAAAUGAGAUGGCGAACAAGGCCCUUUUCGAGUGGAUUGCUCCAGUCAACCCGGGAAAUUCCCACUUGCGAGCAUCCAAAGUGCAAAAGAUUAGCACGGGAAGGUGGUUUAUCGAUGGCCACCUGCACGACUGGGUAUCCAGUGAAGAAGACGUGGUGAAGAUCCUUUUCCUCGUCGGAAAAUCUGGACUUGGAAAGACCACCCUCUUUGCUCAAACAGUCGAAGAGCUCACACUGGCUUCGCAAAACUCAAGUCUACGCUUUGCGUACUUUUAUGUCACAAUCGGCGAUACUGCGUCUCAAGACCCUAGAAACAUUCUGGGAUCACUGGUAGCACAGCUCUCGGGCUACGAACCGCUGAUACUGGAUGAAAUUCGACAUUUGUAUGAAAGUACCGCCCAGAAUAAAACACACAGGCAACCCAUCGAGAUUUCAGCUUUGGAGAACGCGGUCGUCAAAUGCGCCUCCGGAUCGAAACCGGUCCUCUUGCUUGUUGAUGCAAUCAAUGAAAGCUCCCAAGUAGACGUCGUCGAGCCUCUGCUUCUAAGGCUGGCUAAUUCUUCUCCGAAUCUUCGCAUUCUUGUCACGACAACAGCCGUAUCGACCACGGUGCUCCCAGAGUACGCGAGAACUCUUAAUGUGAGCGCACAGAUGAUGCGACGUGACAUCGAUACCUUCAUAAAGCACCGAUUCGAACAAGAUGAAACUUUGAAAAGCCUGCCACGAAAACUGAAAGCGGAAGUCGAAGAAACUUUGCUCUAUAAAGCUGACGGAUCAUUCCGCUGGGUCCAGCUAUCACUCGACAAUCUGAGUUUACAAAGAACCGCCAGAGCAAUGCGUGAAACUCUCUAUAACUUGCCGGGAACACUACGCGAGAGCUACGUGACUACAUUGGCUAGGAUAGCUCCAGACGACCAAAGAUUUGUCCGCGAAGCUCUCUUCUGGCUCAGUUUCGUUAAAACGCCCGUCACACUCAAUCAGCUCAACGAAGCAGUGGUAGUUGAAGAGGGCUCGAAGGCACUAGACGAAGAUAUGAUGCUGUUUCCUCCAAAGAUUCUUCUCAAUAUCAGCCAAGGAUUGAUAACAGUAGAUGCAUCGGGAUAUGUCAGUCUUGCCCACUCGUCCGUGAAGAAUUUCUUGACAUCUGAAUGGAUUCGCACAUCCAAUGUGAAAUGCUUCAGGUUGGAUCCAACAACUGCAAGUGCCACUAUCAUGCGCCUGUGUCUCACAUACUUAUGCCUCGAUAAUUUUAAAACGGGGUACGCGCCGACUGCCGACGAAGGUCACGCACGCCUGAAAGAAUACCCAUUAUUGAAAUAUGUCGCAAAAUAUUGGGCCAUACACGCCGCAGAUUGUUCUCUCGGCGAGCACGAGAAAAGUCUUGUCAAUCGAUUAUUCGAGAGCAAGAGUUUACCCUGCCGCGGCAACUUCGGCGUGUGGGUGCAAGCACUUUUGCCCAGAGCUGAUGUCAAAGUAAUUGAAACGACCCAGCCCCUGUACUAUGCUGCAUCUUUUGGCAUGACUUCUGUUCUCAAAGCCAUGAUUGAGUCUAACCCAUCGCUUGAUAUCAAUGCACCUGGCGGUCGCACGGGAGCCACGCCGCUGUUCAUUGCCGCCUAUCGCAAAAACUCCGAGGCUGUCAAGAUUCUUCUGCUCGCAGGAGCGGAUCCAACCAUCCCGGAUCCAGAAACCAAGACGACUGCAUGGGACCUAAUUUCCUCGAAGAUGGCAAAGUCCGAUUCUAUUCGUGAUCUUCUGUCUCGUUGGUCUGUUGGGCCGAAGCGUGGGCUCCGUGAGUGA